AUGAUAAAUAAUGAAGUGAUCAUAAUGUUGAAACUUGAUAUCUCACGAUUUGGUGAUGCGAUCUUUAUUUUUAUUGACGAAGAUAAUAGCGGAGUGCUGGAUUUUAGCGAAUAUGUUGAAGCUUUAGGAAAAUUCUGUCUCUUGAAUAAAGAGGAUGUACUUAAACUUUGCUUUAAUGUAUUCGAUGAUGACAAGAAUGGGACAAUUGAGGGUGAGGAGUUGGAAAAUUUGCUUGAAAUGCUACACGAAGAUGAACAAACGAGCAACAUGAAGCAUGCAUUGAAUAACUUUGACUUUAAUGGGGACGGAAAGAUUGACUUUGCUGAGUUUAAACAGUUAAAUGCAAAGUUCCCAAGUUUGUUCUAUCCAGCUUACCGAAUUCAGCAGAAUAUGAAGAAUUUUACACUGGGUGAAAAGUGGUGGGAGCGGAAAAUCGAGGAUUUGAUCACCGAGCAUAACAACAAGCUAGCACAGCAUAAUGAUAUGAGCAUUGAAAUGCAGCUAGUAAAAGAAAGGGAGAAGAAAAUCUAUGCUGAGCAAGAGCGCCAGAAAGUUGCUCGCGAACGAAUGGGGUGCAUGUAUUACACUUGCUGCCCAUGUCGACGAAAAUCUUACACUACUGAUCGUCAGGAAGCCAGUGAUAGUGACGGGGAAAUAGAACGAGAAAAACCGAAGCACGAAGUUGUCGUAAAAAAAAAUCGAAAAGACGGUAGAAAACAAAUCAUUGUAUCGGUUGGUCCUCGAAAACCUUUGACACAUGAAGAGCGUCUUGAACGCGCACGGAAAAGAAGGCUGCGGGAUAUGCAGGAUCGACCUACUCGAAAAGAUUGA